AUGUCUAAGAGGCCCGCGGAGGAUGUUGAAGAUGGUAACCAGGCCUAUCUGAAACGACAAAGGACUACCUCUGAAAAGGUCUUCAGUCCCGCAGAAGAGAUUCGAUCUGCGAGGAAGUUGCGACAGAUUCUGGCAUUUGAUCAAGAUGCCAGCCGUUUAAAACAUGCAAUUCAAUCGUUCAAAGCCUUCCUAGACAGCUUCGCAACAACUGAGAACGACAAUGCGGGGAAAAUCUCUAUCCUCAAGGAAUAUCUCGAAGCGCAGAAGCCAUCUGAUGAGGAGGACAAGACUGCAGUAUACUUGGGAGAUUUGAUGCAGACAUGGAGCUUUGCGUCCCAAUCGAACAAUGAUUCGCUGCUGUCUGCUGUUCCCGCGGUCCUUGCAUUACUUCUCAGAACAAUAUCUCAUGAACUCGAAUUGUCCGAAUACGGUUUAAGAUUGGGUCGAACUCUGCUGCAGAAACGUCAGCAGGAGUUGAUUGCGAGAGGAAUUACAUCGAACAAGGGCAAGGAAUUUCUCAUCUCGCCGGUGUUGCGCUUGCUCCGGGAGUUGACAACAUUUGAUGGCGGUGUAUUGGCCAAGCAGGUGUUCCGUGCUAGAGAUCAAACAUAUAAGAACCUGGCCCGCAACUUGAACCUCAGAUAUAGUGGAGAUGGCGUGGAAGAUAAACGAAAGCCAUCGGUACGAACAACGGCUCUUCGAUUUGUGCUCUCUGCCAUAAAAUUCCUUCCUUCAGAUACGAAGCGGGAGCUUCUCAAUCAACGAGACAUCGUGGGGGCGUUGACGAAGGAUAUCAAGGAUGACCCUCCAUUCAUGGUUCGUGAGAUUCUUGAUACUCUAAAGGUCUCUGUACUUCAGGACGAGGCCCUCCCAAGGGAUGCCAAAACGAGGAUUGUGAACGCCGUAUCUUUGGGAAGAAUUGCGAUGCUGUAUAGGUACGACCAGCCGGACGAAGACCUGCCGACGUUGAAGAAGCCAGUGGAAACGGUAGCACAUGAAUUUCUGUUGCUGGCCUGCACAUCUGCGGAUUUAGGGGUUUUAAAUCGUCAAACCGGAUUCUAUCCUCGGGGCAUUGAUCCAGAUGACGCUCAUGAUGCCAGUGCAGGACAGGACUUUAUCGACCUGGGACUCGACAGUAUUGAGUGGAUGGAUAGAUUUACCGAAAAGGUUCCUGUUCGCAAUACCAUCUUAGCAGAAUUUAUCCAAAACUUACGACCAUGGUCAAGCACAAAAGAGAGCCAUCUAUUGAUCACUAUACUCAAGUCUGCACCUGAGUUGGUAGCAGAGUACUUCUUUUCCAAGAAGGGAUUCACCUUCGACCCUAAGCUCACUGCGACCUGGAUAGGAUAUUCAGCCUUCCUGUUUUCAGCCCUUCAGCUUCCUAUUCCAAAGUACUUUGGAUAUCAAGAACGAUACGCACGGUUACCGCCACCAUCCUCUGUGGUUUUGGAAAGCCUUCUCCCCCAACCUCUGAACCAAAAGGUUUUGACUCGUUGCCUGAAUCAGCCUGAUAAAUUGAUUACCUUCUUCGCCGUUCGGCUCCUAUGCGUUGCUUUUGCCAAAUUCCAAGAGGUCUUCAAGAUGUACCAAGAAGCAGCUGCAGGAUCUUCAACAACGGUGUGGUCUCAAGCUGCAGAGAGACUGACAGACGAAUUUUGCCAAAGAUGUCCUUCUAUCAAGGAUGUUAUCAACGCCUUCCGAAAUAUGCCCAAGACGGACCUCAUGCAGCGAGAAGCAAUUACGAGAUUGCUGGUCUUGUACUAUGAAGCUGUUCCUCGGAUUGCGCUGGAUGCUAAAUUUGACGUAUCGGCGACCCUUGCAGAGACGCUUCUAACAGUCGAUGAAACCCCCGAGAACCGAGCCAUGCGUGCAUUGGAGUUGGAGAACCUAUUCCAAUUUGCUCAUUUCUCACCUGGUAUGCGUUGGUUUGCAAAGGCCGAAGGACUGUCCAUUUCGCCGUUCAUGGCCAUGUUGAAGCUCGCUGCUGAGGCCCCGCCUGACAUACCACUUGUGAAAUUGAGGUCGGUGCUUGGCUCAGUCCUUCAGGAGAAUCAUAUACUUCAAAAAGAGACCGCCAUAUCUUCUCUGGAUACUUUUAUCCUUGGGUUGAGAAGCCUUCGCGAAACUACGAAUGGGGCCACAGUGUUUGAAUUUCUUGACGAUUGUGUCUCAAGAUGCGCAGCCAAGCCAAUCAAGUACAUUUUCGCUCUUGAAGAGAUUCAUGCAGAGGCUAGUGGAUCUAAUGACAAACAGUCCCUUGUUAGUCUUUUGACACUAGCAAUUGUUGAGCAAUGGCCAUUUGUGGUCAAGACGGCCACUGAUUCUGUGCUCCUAGAAGUCGCGGACUACAUCGCACGGCAUCUAGCAGCUUCGAUCAAGAUAGGCGAGGACAAAAAAGUAAUAAAACUGGUGAUAAAGAAGCUAGCUGCAGGAACGCCAGAAGGCUCACGUCCUCGAAAAAUAAUUGAGCGUUCUAAGAAACUGGUCGAUACCGUACCUGUUCCGGACCCCCAAGCCGUUCUCGCUGCGCCAAGAGAUGCUGGUAUCAUAGCCGAUGUGCUCUCCGCCACCGAGAAGGAAGAGAUAACAACGAAAAUGCUGGAGGAUUCGGGUACUCGCGUGGAGGAUCACAGCUCACUCUACAAAUGGGUGACAAAAGAGGUCGACGAGGUGAUCGAAGGAGGCUCUGCCGCAGCAAUGAUUUUGCUCCUGUCGUCAGAACACUUGAGUAUUCGACGAGAGGCUGUCACGAAUAUCUCAAAGUUCGCUGCGAAGUUGAAGGAAUCCACAUUCGAAGAAAAGGAGCAGAUCUGGUUACUUCUAUUAGAAGUCGUUGAGACAGCGCGAAAGGUCAUUGAUCAAGAACCACUUCCCACAAUCAUCUCUGCAUUCGCAUCGCAUGCCAUCGCGGUCCUCAACGAUCCUCUUCACUGCCUUUAUCCAAAGUUGAACAAGUUCCUUUCCCAAGGACCGGUAUGGGAGUUAGAUAAGAUUCCGUUGAUGUACAAGAUUCUUGACGAAGCACCCAGUCUCGACGACGCACAUUAUUCUGAGAUAGCUUGGCUUUUGAAUUAUAUGCUCGACGGUCUACGCUCCCCUGCCGACAUGGCUAUAUACCGGAAACGAGGGGCCUUCGAAAAACUGUUCUCGCUGUAUAGCAAUUCCUAUCUAGGACCAGGCUUGCGUGAGAAGAUCCUGAAGAUCUUGUUCAGGGCCACUACUAUCGAAGGUGGCAGUACAACUCUUAUUACGAGGUUCAGCACUAUGACUUGGCUACAGGCGCAAGUUGCGUUGAGGGGAGGAGUACCGCUGAAAGUUCUUAUGGAACGGAUUCUGGAGUCAUGUGACCAAAAGCGUGUUUCAACAUGGUCGAGACAAGGCGCAAAGGAGGCAAAGGUAAAUACCUUGAACUUUUAG